CUGAUUAAUAACAAUGAUCAUGCCAUUGCCAAGAGUAAUCGAUUUGUAUCCACAAUUCUCCCUGUUCAUACACCUCUGUGACAAGACCAGAGGUGAAAAAUACUGCAGUGCGACAUUGAGGUCUACUGUAGUGAGGUCAUCAUCCUGGCUUAUAACUUGAUCUUUAAGAAACACUCGAUUCAGAUGUGAUAUGAAUUCAUCAUCUCCCCAGAAAUACACAAUAUCUGGCAGAGAACUUGUAACAACCACGCUUUUCAUGAUGGAAACAAUAUUCAAGGUUAUUUUUUACAAGUUACUGUGGUAUAUAUGGUCAAUGAAUUGCAACCAGUGAACCAAGUCAACCAACUGGUCCAACCAUAUAUGCAAAGUGCAAUACAGUUUUGGAAGAAAAAUACCUUUAAAAAACUCCAAAAUUUCUAGACACGAGAACUACGAACAAUCUGUUUUUACAAGUAGAAAAAGAUUCAAAUAUAGUUAAAUUCAAGGCCAGCAAUCACCAAAAUAUUAUAACAAAAUGAUCAUAUGUCAUCAAAAAUACCAUUUGCAGGAAUUUGAUUACCUGACACUCGCCUUACAUGAAGUGUUAUUUAGCAACAACAACAAAAACAAAAUGGCGUUCAAAUUAGACGAAAAUUUGAAAAAAGCUUUUCUGAAACAUCGCCGUGGGGAAUACGAUCAAAAAUUAGAUGGUAGGUUUGUUGGUUCAUAACUAGCUGUUGAUACAAGAUAACAGAUGAUGGACAACUCAAGAAAUUUUGAUACUUAUAGGAGCAACUGAUUUCUAUAUAAUUACAGAACUGAGAACUGGCUGUCUGAACUGCAUCAGUCUGCAUGUUUUAAAUUAUAUAAGGAGUAAUUACUUAUAAGAGAUCUAGUGUCGAAUUGAUAGGAUACAACUAUCUGAAAAAUACAAGAAGAACUUGGACGUUUCGAGCGAAAGCCCUAUAUAUAUAUAUAUAAUUAUAUAUCUUUAUUUUUUUUUGUAAUUUUUGUAUAAUAAUUUUCAGGAUAUGGGUGUAUAAUUAUUUCUUUUUUUUUAGAAUACCUGACUGUAAAUGUUAUGCAACCAGCAACUAGGGCCCCUAAUCUAGAGGUCUUAAUUAAGAAACCUUUUGGGUUUUAGUAGACCUCUAGCAGCUAGGCCUUACUUUCUUUAUAUUAUUUUUAUGUAAAUUACUACUUUAAAGAUAUUAAUUUAUUAAGCUUUGCUAUCCAACUGAACAAUACUUAUAUAUAAACAGGUACAGUACAAGAACAAAACGGCUCAGGAACAUCAACACAGCAUGAGGCAGUUACGUUGAUGACUUGGUUUACACAUACACUCUGCACGAUACAAAACGCAUGUACACACAAUACACUCUUUUGAUAACCAUGUCACAAAUCGUUCCCCAGCAUGGGAGCCAAAUAAAAAAUAUAAAACUGAGCAAGAAAAUUUAUAUUAAACUGCAUUUGUCAAAUUCUAUUUAUAUUGGUAACCAAAGCAAGACCAGCACAUGUAUAUAUAAAGGAAAGAAAUAACAUUUUCUUACUCUAAUAACUGCGAGGUGUCCACCAUACAGAUACAGAUACAGAUAUUUCACAGCACACUCCCUAUAUCAGGGCUUUUCAGUGACUGGUUACAUUAUGAAUAGAUAGAUAGAACCGGACUGACGUGAAGCAGACCGAGGUAGACUUUGAGCUUACAAAUGGCGCUUGAGCAGCCGCUAUUAGUCCGUACCUCAUUAAUGAUCUGCCUCCAGACCAAUGUGCCUAACCCACCCUGUCAACUUUCCCUGUGGGAGGAAACACGGAGUGCCCGGAGAAAACCCACGACUUUCGGCAGAGCGUUGACUUUUACUCUUUUCACAUGAGGACUGGGUUCGAGUGACAUUGAGAAGUUCUCACUGAGAUUCGAACCUGCGACCUUAGAGGUGAAAGGCAAGUGCGCUAGCCACUUGGCCACCAUCUAUUGCACGAUAGUGGUUAGGAACCCACAUAUGCAGCAAAUUGCCAGGAAUAAACCAAACAUAAAAUUUGGGAAAUUUUACACUUUACUGUACCUGAGCAAUCACUGAAUAUAUAGUUACGCUAUCAAAACACACAAUAAGAGAACGGGAAAAUUUGCCACCAGAAUGCACACCAUCAAAUACUUGCGGGACUCGGUACAGUAAACUGUACAGUACCAAAAUUUGUAAAAUAUGUUGAAUAUUUUAAAAUUCUAGAUCGACUUCAAAGAGAAGGCAGAAAGAUACUGGAAGAAAAUGACCCCAAGAAGAAAUCAAAGACCAUGCUAAAUAUUCACAUGGUCUUCUGGAUGGUUGCGUCGAUGGCAGUUUAUUAUUACACUGAUUUUUAUAUGGCAAUUAAAAUUGACCCAAGAGUCUAUAGGUAAUUUAUAUAAAGAGCAUAGCCACAGAAUAGAGACCUUACAGAAGGCCGACUUCUUGGUUUUGCCUGUGAUUUGGGGGUAACCUGUUGUACUGCCAUCACCAUGUUCCUAGCCAGUGUGCUUACAUGAAAUUAUUCAAAAUGGUGGACAUUCAGGGGGGGUGAAUGCCUCUCGUGCGGCAUGUGCGUUAAAUUGAUGAAGAAACAUUACAUCAGACUUCAGUAAGAUCUCUAUCCUGUGGCAUAGCAUUUUAGUACAUUAAAUCGUCUGGCAAAAUUUGCUGUCAAAUGUAGACAAUCUCAUGAAAAAUUGUAUCAAGUUGAUCCCACAUCUGUUGAAUAUAGAUUAACUAUAUAUCUGGUAUUAUAUUGCAAUUCUUUUAGGCUAUGGCUUUAUAUUGGCUGUGUUUUGUUGUUGGUGAAUUUUACAAUUGCAUUUUAUCUCAUCUUCUGGUGUUCAUAUCAUAAGAAAAUUGAAGACUGGGACAGCCACGCCCCAUUUGCUAUUCCUGUGGCAACUGCAGCGUUUAUUGCUGGAAUGAUUUGGUGAGAUAUUUAUCUAACAUAAUUUGAUAAAUCCUCUAGUAAGCAGGGGUUUCAGAACAAGCCGGCGGCCGGCGGAGUUCCGCCGGCUACUUGAACUUUUACCACCGGCUACUUUUCGUCUGGUCACAGGAAAAAAAUUAUAUACAAAGGUACAAGCGAACCAACACAAUGUUUGUUAUGUUCCAAUUGGAAUUCAAGCAAAACAUCACUUAUUUUGGAAGAUCAAUAAGAUCAAUAAUAUAUAGCACCAAACAUAGCUUGCUUUCUAAGUUGGUGUCGAAGUGAAUCUUCCUGAAGAUAACUCUGAUUGACUCUGACAGUGACUUAAGCAUUGCCAUUGCCAUUGGGGAAUCCGAAUUUGACAGUGAGCCAGAGAACCUUCAGAGCCACUUUGGUAAAUGUUUUUGGCAAGUGACUAAUUGUUUGACAACGAAUUAAUUAUGAUAAAGUCAUGAAGUAAAAAACUCUGGGCGUAUAGCGAGGGGGAAUUUAGAAUUAACAUAUUCGGAAAAUCGGGUUGGCCAUUCGGAAAAUUACGGCAAUAAUAGUCUAACAAAAUUUUAGUUGUUAAACAGAGAAAAUAUAAUAUAAUUGUAUUGUCAGUAUAAACUGAUUUACGAAAUCAUGGCAUUUACAUGGAUAUUAACAUUUAACAAAUCGUAAAUCGGUAAAUAUGCAUGCAUACCUUUAUCUUUUAAAUAAUAUACCUUUAAAAUACUGACAAUUGAUUAUCCAUGACAAACUGCAAAGAAUCAUAUUACCCAUACUUUCCUGCAACUUCUCCAUGCAAUAUAUUGUUAAUUAAAUACGCCUUCGCCCAUUUAGUACUACUAAAUUGUAAACAAAUUGUAAAUUUCGACAUACUGACCAUCAGAAUUCUAUUCUAAAUUUCCCCAAAGUCCAGGAAAUGGCAUUUCAGAGACUCUAAAUUAAAAAAUUUCCUCGGGCCUUCGGCCCUCGUUCUCAGCCCCUAACCAAAAAGAGCUUCCUACGGCACUGCAUGCUACUCAGCUACUGUAAUAUGUCUGUGCGUAGAAUAUACAUAUUUUUGUUUGUAAAUUGCGUCUUCAUUUUCCGGAUAGCAAACACCUUCGUGACUAAACUACAAGUAGCACAUUAAAGUACAUUGUCACUUACAAGUAUAUAUGCAAAUGACAUCUAAAUCUAACAAGUGAACAGUUGUACUUUAUCUUCUCACUUAUUCUAUAUUAUCUGAUUGUUAAUUUGCGUCACAGCCGGCUACUUUUUUGGUACAACCGCCUACUUCAAAUCAUUCUGAAACCCCUGAGUAAGCCCCUCCCUCCUAAAAUAUUGGCACUAUUGGGUACUGCGGGCAGAAGCCUGGUUGCUAAUUAAAAAUAUAUCUUUUUCAGCUGUGUAUAUGCAUUGUGGCCAGUGUGGGGAUACUUUACACCGCUAAUCCUGUUCACAUUAUUUAUGGGAGUCUUGUUUCUGCUAACAUUAAUACCAAUCUAACAAAUUUUGUGGAAGAUUUUGAUAUCAUAGUUUGUAAACCAGCAGCAUGCAAGGAAUUGUGGUCAAGCAAAUAUUUCAGUUCGAAUUUUGUUUUGAAAGAAAAUUCAGUGUCUUUCAGGGCAGCAUAUGUGUAACUAGCUUGUAAAAUAUAUUGACAGAGGAUCGCGGGAGAGAUGUACUUUAAUUUUAUAUUCUUGUGGUGUAUUACCUAAUAUUACAAUAUAUUACGUAAUUAAAUAUUAUAAUUAAAAUAUUAUAUUUUAUUUAUGGUAAUCGCUGUCCUAACAAAAUGUACUGACGUAAGAAUAUAUUAGUCCUCUGGUAAAGAGAAUAAAGUACAAAGAUAUUUUUAAAUAUCUUUUUAAUAAUAUUUUUUUUAAAAAUAUUUUCUUAAAAUAUCUUUUUUUAUUAAGUUUUAAAAACUUGGAGCAAUCGAACUUCCACCGUACCUUUGGCUCCACCUUUUUCCCAUUCAGGUUAGCUAAAUAUUUUGCGCGAGAAUGACACUGAAUGGUGUAAAAUUUGAUAUAAAUAUUUGAAAUAGUUUCGUUAGCAUAUUGUACAAGUAAAAGCUAAACUUCUCAAGAACUACGCGUCUAGUAUCUGUUCAUCGUCAUGUGAUCUCCUUAACAAGAGCUUUUCCAAGGGAAAACUGCCACGCGAGUGGAAACCUUCCAUUUCCAAUAUCAGCUCAAUCCCAAAAAAGGCCCAGCUGAAGUGUCGAAUUAUAGACCAAUAUCACUUCUGUCCUUUGGUCUCUAAAGUUUUCGAGUGUUGUAUUGAUAACCAAAUCAUAUCACAAAUUCACACGUAUAUCCAGUCUACUUCGAUCAUCACAACAAUUCGGCUUAAUUCUACAAGGGCAGGUCUGCCGCCUCGCAGAUUCUGCACAUUCCCCAGGAUAUCCACAAAGCGGUAGAGAGCUUAAGUAAUUUAUAUUAAACUUUAUAACAUAUUUACUCAUUACUUAUUAUAAAAUGCAGGAAAUCGUUCAUACAGUAAGAGAGCCAGUACUACAGUAGAGGCUAGAAUAAAAAAAGAUUUGAUGGUUCAUGCCCCAAGGCAUCGCUAGAUGAGCCUUCCCUUGUUAGAAUUUUAGGACUGCACCAGCUUAUCACGUGGUUAAUAUAAUGACCUAAACAUUAUUUAGGCUCAUUUUCAUUAGUUUCGAUACAUCCAUGUUUUCGACCAUUCUUUUCCUUGCGUCAUUCCUGUGAGGAAUCUUGCAUGUGCAAAAUCUUCUCAUGUAAUGAUAAUUUCGUCCUAAACACCACGGGUUCCGUCGAUACAUGCUCGUCCUGCUAAUAUGCGAAGUCAUGACCAUCUUGGAAUCUGGAUAAAGUCGAAAGGUAGCUUGAAAGAGCCCAUCACCAGGUUUUGUUGCUAUAGUUACUUGAUAAUACACAAUAUCGCCAUUCUCUGACUCACGAAGAGCCUCGGCUCUGGCCGCAAGAAUGAUUUCAACAAGAUAAACUGUGAAACACAAGUUGAUAAAAAUUCGUUUCUUGGAAAUCAUUUUGUUAAUAUGCUUAACUAAAAGCUGUGCAGCUCUCUUUACUGGAAUACUGUUGAUAUCUUCUGCUUGCCACCUUAAACAUGGACACCAGUGCUCGUCCGUCACACCU